CUCUCCCGCUGGAUGUCGCAUUGGACGAUCUUCAAGUGAUACAAGACUUCACCCAUCGGGAAGACUUAUUUGUUUCCUCAGUGGACAAAAGGGAAGCUAGCAUGGCUUCUAACUUCAACGACAUAGUCAAGCAGGGAUACGUGAGGAUACGGAGUAAGAAACUGGGGAUCUUCCGGAGGUGUUGGCUUGUGUUCAAGAAGGCGUCGAGCAAAGGGCCGCGGCGGUUAGAGAAAUACCCAGACGAGAAGGCAGCCUACUUCAGGAGCUUUCAUAAGAUCACCGAGCUCCACAACAUCAAAAACAUCACCCGCAUGCCCCGAGAGACAAAGAAGCACGCUGUCGCCAUUAUCUUCUGUGACGACACCUCCAAGACUUUCGCUUGUGAAUCAGAGCUGGACGCUGAGGAGUGGUGCAAGCUUCUGUGUGUGGAGUGCCUGGGCAGUAGACUGAACGACAUCAGCCUGGGAGAGCCGGACCUGUUAGCAGCAGGGGUACAGAGGGAGCAGAGCGAACGCUUCAAUGUUUACUUAAUGCCGACUCCCAACCUGGAUAUCUACGGCGAGUGCACCAUGCAGAUCACCCAUGAGAACAUCUACCUGUGGGACAUUCACAACCCACGGCUAAAGCUCGUCAUGUGGCCGCUCAGUUCACUACGACGAUACGGGCGCGACUCCACCUGGUUCACCUUUGAGUCAGGAAGGAUGUGCGAUACUGGAGAGGGGCUAUUCACGUUCCAGACACGGGAGGGAGAGAUGAUCUACCAAAGGGUCCACUCUGCCACACUGGCCAUCGCCCAGCAGCACGAGCGCAUGAUGGAGGAGCUGGAGAAGAGCUCCCAGAUCCACUCCAGAGAGAUACUCACCAAGUCCAUCUCUCUACCUCGGAGCGCGUACUGGCAGCACAUCACGCGUCAAAACAGCGUGGGAGAUCUCUACAGUUACCAAGGUACAGUUAUUUUUCCUCUUGUCUUUUUAGGAAGCGGUCUGAGUCUCACGUUCAUCCCUCGCGCACAGACAUACCCCAGUUUUCUGUCAGACGACCACGAGCCCGAGGAAGAGGAGAGCAGCCAACUCCAAGAAGAAGCACCAACGCCCUCUAGUGGCCACGCGUCGAGUUGCAGCCUUAGACCUCUUCAAUGACGGCACCAAAACCGCAGACUGUUUCAAACCAGCUACUGUAGAAAACCUGUAGAAAUCUGUAUAGUGACACAUGUAAUAUAGGAUCUCCCAAUGCUCCUUAAAAUAGUGUCAACUGUAGACAAUAAGAAGGCCUUUUAAAGAGGGACAUUUUGUCUUGGCUUAUUUGUGACCUCAGCAACUUCAAGUGCACCAAAAUGCUUAGUAGUUUUUAGUUUUCCCUUGUUUCAUUAACAUCUACAUUACAUAGUGAUUGAUGAGAGAACAUAUGGCUCAUUUGAAUAAAGUGCAGACUCGGCACUCGGAGGAACACCGCAUUUUUGACAAACAAUUUUUCAUCUCAACAAGGUAAAGUUGAACAAUGCAGUACACAACAUCCAGUAACUUUAACUAUGAUUGAUUUGCAUCACCUAUGUAUCUGUACAAGUCCACUGUACAUGUCUCAAGUUAAAACACAGAAGAGAUUUAAACAGAAGAGAUUGACAAACUUUGACAGGCAGUACAAAUUUAUAAAUUUCCUAAACAAGUCAGUCAAGUAUAAGUAAAAAAGUAGUUGGGAAAAGUACCACUCAAGUAAGGGUAACUUAAAGAGUGACUGUCAGUGUGUAAUAUCUCAUUUAAAAAGUCAGGUUAAUGUAUUUAGAAGAACAAAUGCACAAAAUCUGCUCUUUUCAAAUGAUUUACACAGAAAUUAGAACAAACUACAUCAGAUCAGAAGGAGCAGUGCAAGAAACACAAAUGUUCAAACCUUUUCAUAUUGUCAACAUAAAGCUUUUGUCACUCACUUUUGUACUCAAAACGAAAAUUUUACUCAAGUAAGAGUACUGUUACUACAAUAAAAAUAUUACUCAAGUAGGCCAGUAUGCUGCUAGAAAAGUUUGAAAUGUUUCUUUAAAAAUUUUUCAAGUAAAUGUAACUGAGUACUGCCCACCUCUGCCAAUUAAUAUAUUUAAAUGUAUAAUUUUAGUUUUAUAUUUUUAUUGACCUAAUUAGGAACAUUAUUAAUUUCAGUCCAUGCUCAUAU